GACGGCGGUAGCUACAAUGACCUCAUUUCCUGUGUUGGUGACACAACGAGCCUUCUUUUUGUUCUUCGGAGGGGACGGGAUAUCAUCGGCACUUAUAUGCGCGAGGCGAUUAAGCUACCCAUCGAUUCAACCGACGAGAACAGCUACGACUCUGACAUCUGGCGGUUUUCCCUCGCGAAAGAGCCCGGACUUCAAAACGACUGGCAGCGUGUGAGCGUGGCAGGUCGGGAUGGUGCUGUGGACGGAGUGGCUAAGAUGCGUCUGGGAUCGCGCUUGUGGUUGGGUUGCGGUGAUCGACAUCCUGGUCCCGCAGCUGACAUGCGCAGCUAUCGACUGUACACCCCAGCAGAUCACGACACUGCACCGGAGGGGUAUCAGGGGACGAUGGACGCUAGAUUGAGGAUGACUGAGGCGUGCGAGGGGACAGACGUGUUCCUUGCUGAUGAGUUGGAGGUGCUUCAUGCUGACACCAGCAACAACAUCCAGGUAACAGCUGCAAGACAGAAACAGGCUGCUUUGAUCGCUCCGUGGGUUCUUGGCAGGACUUCAUCGGGAAACUCGUCUCAUAUCUCCUCAAACACGGAGUCAAGUAAGUAUAUACAGACUCGCAGACACAGACACGCACAGACACAUCCAUACAAGAACGAAAGGAUCGACGAUAUCACAAUGCAUUCCCGUAGGGCGAGUCAGAUUCGCGUCAUCACGCCAUACGCUGCCCAGCGAGACCACAUCGCGCCGCUCCUCCAGCGGCCAUUCUCACCCAUCAGCCAGGAGCUGUACAAGGACAUCGAAGUCGCAUCCGUCGACGGAUUCCAGGGGCGGGAGAAGGACUUCAUCCUUAUCUCAUGCGUCAGAUCGAACCUAGAAAAAGGUCACACGUCCAACCACAUGACACAUGCGCCACGCUACAUGAGGACGUAUGCCUGGCUGGCGGUGUGCAGGGAUUGGGUUUCUCAAGGACUCCCGUCGUUCGAAUGUGGCCCUCACGCGUGCGCGCUACGGCCUUGUCAUCUGCGGCGAUGCCAGAGUUCUGAUGCAAAGUGAGAAAGGAUCAAGCAAUGAAUGGCAAAGACGGCACGUUUCCGUCAUGUAUCAUUUGUGUUUGUCAGACCCGUUGUGGUGCAAGUUGUUGAACCAUUUCGACCGAUACGAGCUGGUGGUGGACGGCUCGCUGUUCAACCUGAACCUGAAGCCUUUGUCGACCACGUCAAAAGCAUUAGGCACGGCGCGACGGAGGCACAGCGCGGCCUUUGUAUAGUGGGUUUUUCAUCUCUCUGCUCUGUGUAUGCGUGUGCAGCUAACAUCCCUUUAACCUGGAUCACCACCCUUGCAAGGUCAGGCACUCAGACGGUGCGCACAGCGGUACGAAUGACUACUUUCCCAUUCUGCCUUUCUCACUGCAGCACUUUCAGCACUACGGGAACAUCGUGUCAGCGAUGGUUCCUCGUGAUGAGCUCACUGGCGGUAGCAGGGGCUAUGGCUUUGUGUGCUAUAGCUCACACAAUGCGCGCAUUCUUCGCACAGAUGCGCGUGUGUAGAGAAGGGGCAGAGGAAAGAGGAAAAGAAUGGCUGCAUGCAUGUCAGGGUCGUUGCCUGAAGGGCAAGAAUUGCACCUAUGCUCAUGGUGAGAAUGUCUUGCCCAAGAAGAGGGGGGCGCUUCCGGUUCUGCUUGGCUCGAGCGUCUCGCGGCCAGCGGUGCCUCCUUCACUAGAACAGCGACGGAUGAACGGUCCUGGAUAUCGCCAUUCGGGACGGCAUCCCUGCUGCUGUCGACUGGCUGUGUCGACGCCUCGGGGCCGACGAGAUAAACAAGCCCGGCCGGCCGGCGGCAGCGAUAAGAGUGCAUGCGGCCGUUUGGCUUAGUGACAGGAGGAACGAAGGGGCCUUACCCGAAGACAUCGAAGCCUACCGCCAGGUCAUCCGCACCCUCCUGAAGCGCGGUGGGCCCGUCAGGUCCCUCCCCGCCGACACGCCAAAGGACCGCUAUGCCCGCCGCCUCAUCCUUGAAAUCCACCAAGAGAUGCAGCAGCAGCAGGCUCAGCACCACCAGCAGCGGUCAACACACCAGCUGCAGCUGCAGACCAAGUCGCAGAAGCGCACGGCACAAAAGAAGAGGGCUAAGGAGCACAUCGCCAACAGCCUGGCCGACGGAGAUGCUGAGAACGCCAUACCGGCCACUGCAUCUGCUCCGGCAACCGAGACGUCAGCUGCGGUCCAAAAUGGUGCUAGUCCCACCCCUGACGAGCAGCUGUGGGCUUCAUCGACGUUUACAGGGCCGAGCAGGAACGCAUCGGCGGCAAGCAGAGCCGGCUUGACACGGUGCUCAGCCUGGCGCCCAAGAGGCUGGCACAGAGUAGGAAGACCGACACAGAGGAACACAGCGUGUUCGUAUUGUAUGUUCGUGGUGUGUGGUUUGUGGCUUCCUUUUGGUUGCUCGCUGUCUGCUUAACGUCCUGCACGCCUGUCUGCGCCAGUUGCUAUCAUCGUACUGCUGCAUUGGCAAUUUGUCUUGUGCAGCGUGAUGGAGCCACACACUCACGGCUGCGUGUCUGCGUGAGGCAGUGCAUGCACUGAUUUAUUCAUUCCCGAUCGCAUUGCGAUCGAUUGAACGUGUGGGACGCCUGGCGUGGGACCUGGGCAUGUCAGUGGGUCCAUCUGGUCGAUAUUUAUCAGUGAUUUGGCUACAAUGGCACUGCCUGCCUGUGUGUCGCAGUGUGUCUGGGUGCGUAUGAGUGUGAGUGUAUGUGAUCGUGUAUCUCCUCAUAUGUGAGAUGCGUGUGUGUGUCAG